AUGGACAUUCUCAAUGCCAAAAUCAUAAAACCGCCCACCCUGGCUAAGGUUCGUACCACCCUGAUGGAAGCUGAGAAGAGCGCCGGGGCCGGAGUGGGUGUGACAACAUGGAUAGCUAUCGCGUUAAAGAUACAAGAAGCUCAGAUAUCACUAAAAUCUUACAUUCGACGGCUUCCAAAGUCCCGGUCGGAUGAGCAGGAGUUAGAGAUAGCGAGGAGGCGCGAGGCUCUGUACGGUCAAAUAGACCAUCUGUACGAGACUGCCUCGCUUCUCUUCCCGGGCGCUGACAUCGAGACUCUAAAACUGGACGAGGUUCCUUGCGAAUCGGUUGAGGUGGACGGAGAGGAGGAACCCGAGGAAGCCGGUGAUAAUCCUUUCUCCUUAUCUCAGAACGAGAUGGAGGACGUCAAACUCCCGCUACCUUCGUCUCUCUCAACCUCCUCGACUGCUACAUCUAUUGCCAGCGCAAGCGAAAAGGAGCUUAAACUUCGAAUUGCUCAGGCCGACGACGCGUUGGAAAACAUCCGAACUGAGGUAGGCCACAAGUCGUAUCUUUACCGAUCCAAUAUUCGUCUGGCCGAAGGGAAAAAGCAGAAGACUCGGGGUUACACAGCUGUCAAGUUGGUUAAUAACUCAUUGCGAGACCACAUCAAGGUCUACAACCAGGCUCGAUGGGCUAUGCGUCGCCUGGGCGCGGAUACAACCACUCUUCUGCACUACAGAGCCAUCAAACCUGACGAUAUCAGGGCGGUGACGGCAAUCUACCAACCCAACGCUCGAGGUCAACGGAAUAAAUCCUUGUCAUGGAUUUGGAAUCUCAAUGUAUCCGGGGACUCACAGAAGUCAGAAUACCUUGAGGAGCUCUACAGAGUGAACUGGUUACGAGCCAAGUCCCGGCACGACAGGUGGAGAGAGGAGUUUACCCUGCUGACAUCGGAGAUGGACUGGGUACUCAACUUCUUCACCUUCAAACAACGGGAAUGGACGGACCUAUCGCAGAAGAGGAGUGAAUCCCCGGGGCAUAUGGCGUUUGCACGACGAGAGGCCGAGAAAUGGGGACUCCUUUAUACUCAGGCGCGCAAGGCGUUCGAAAAAACACGGAAUGCCCGCCAGAUCGCGUAG